GAGCUGCCUAUCAGUGUCACCUAUCAGUGCCAGCCAGUGCCACCUAUCAAUGCCAAUCAGUUCCACCUAUCAGUGCUGCCAGUCAGUGCCACCUAGCAGUGCUAUCAGUGCCCGUCAGUGCUGCCUAUCAGUGCGCCUAACAGUGCCAGUCAGUGCCGCCUAUCAAUGCAAUAUCAUCAGUGCCGCCUAUCAGUGCCCGUCAGUGCUGCCUAUCAGUGCCACCUAACAGUGCCGGUCAGUGCCACCUAUCAGUGCUGCAUUUCAGUGCCCAUCAGUGAAUGCCUGUGUCAAUGCCCAUCAGUGCCACCU